GAAGCUUCUAAGAGGGCAAAUUAACUAGACGCGUUUUAUUUGUUCAUCUUCCCGUUUGCGUUCUCUCAGUGGAAGUCAUUGUUAUUAUUAUUAUUGUUAUUGUUAGUCACGGUCACAUCAGCGUAGAAGACGGACUCAUGAUCAGGACAAGACUGCUGUUCUCUCAUAGUUAAGGUACAACCCUGACUAAGAUGGCCAUGCCACUGCAGCGCUCCAGGACAGUCUUAUUGACUAUGGCCUUCUCUUUCCUGCCUUGCAUCACUUCCUCCCUCAACCUGGAGGACCCAAAUGUCUGCAGCCACUGGGAGAGAUAUUCAGUGACAGUGCAGGAGUCGUAUGCCCAUCCUUUUGACCAGAUUUAUUACACCAGCUGCACAGACAUCCUCAACUGGUUCAAGUGUACCAGACACAGAGUGAGCUACAGGACAGCCUAUCGCAGAGGAGAAAAAACCAUGUACCGCAGAAAAUCCCAAUGCUGUCCAGGAUUCUUUGAAAAUGGAGAGAUCUGUGCUCCUCAAUGCUCAGAGAGCUGUGUUCACGGUCGCUGUAUGGCCCCCAACACCUGUCAGUGUGAGCCUGGAUGGGGGGGCUCCAACUGCUCCAGUGCAUGUGACGGUGACCACUGGGGCCCUCACUGCAGUCACAGAUGUCAGUGCCAGAACAAGGCUCUGUGCAACCCCAUCACCGGAGCCUGUAUCUGCACUCCUGGGUACAAAGGUUGGCGCUGUGAGGACGCAUGUGACGUUGACACCUAUGGUAAUGGUUGCCAGCAGAAAUGCCAGUGCCAGAAUGGAGCUCGCUGUCACCAUGUGACUGGAGAAUGCAAGUGCUCAUCUGGAUACACCGGGGCUUUUUGUGAGGACUUGUGCCCACCAGGUAAACAUGGACAGCAGUGUGAAGAGAGGUGCCCGUGUCAGAAUGGCGGAGUUUGUCAUCACGUGACCGGAGAGUGCUCGUGUCCAGUAGGAUGGAUGGGUACAGUGUGCGGACAGCCAUGUCCAGAGGGGAGAUUUGGUCCAAACUGUUCUCAAGAAUGUCAGUGUCACAACAAUGGAUUAUGUUUUUCAUCCAGUGGACAGUGUCUUUGCAGCCCUGGGUACACAGGAGAACGGUGUCAGGACGAGUGUCCAGUUGGCACUUACGGUGCUGGCUGUGCAAAGACAUGUCGCUGUAAGAACAACAGCAAAUGCUACCACAGCAACGGGAAAUGUCUGUGUGAGCCUGGCUACACGGGCGAGACCUGUGACGUCCGACUCUGCCCCGAAGGACACUAUGGCCUCCGCUGUGAUAAGAAGUGUCCGUGCCACGCCCAGUACACUCAGAGUUGCCAUCCAAUGUCAGGGGAGUGCACGUGUCUGUCAGGUUGGUCUGGCCUCUACUGCAAUGAGUCGUGUACUCCGGGGUUCUACGGGGAGUCCUGCCAGCAGGUGUGCCAGUGUCAGAACGGUGCAGACUGCCACAGUGUGACAGGAGCGUGUGUUUGUGCUCCAGGCUUCACGGCUUUGGACUGCUCAGUGCCGUGCCCAGCAGGAUCUCAUGGAGCCAAAUGCUCAUCCACCUGUAACUGUAAGAAUGGAGCUCAAUGCUCACCUGUGGAUGGGUCCUGCUUCUGUAAACCAGGGUGGCAUGGAGUGGACUGCUCUAUCAAUUGUCCCAGUGGCACGUGGGGUCUCGGCUGUAACAUGACCUGUUUGUGUGGAAAUGGAGGUGCAUGUGAUGCCGUGACCGGUCACUGUACCUGUGCUGCAGGCUGGAGAGGCCAGAGAUGUGAACUCGAUUGCCAGGACGGUACCUAUGGUCUCAGCUGUAAAGAGCGCUGUGACUGCAGUCAUGCCGACGGAUGUCAUCACUCCACCGGACACUGCCGCUGCCUGCCUGGUUGGACAGGUAUCCAUUGUGACAGUGUAUGUGCAGAGGGCCGCUGGGGCCCAAACUGCUCACUUGCCUGCCACUGCAAAAAUGGAGCGUCUUGCACCCCAGAUGAAGGAACCUGCGAGUGUGCGCCAGGAUUCAGAGGCACCACCUGUCAGAGAAUCUGCUCCCCGGGUUACUUUGGUCACCGUUGUAGUCAGACAUGUCCGCAGUGCGUCCACAGCAAUGGACCAUGUCACCAUAUAAGCGGCCAGUGUGACUGUCUCCCCGGCUUCAAGGGAGCACUUUGCAAUGAGGUGUGUCCCAGUGGUUACUAUGGUAAGAAGUGCACCCUGAGCUGCAGGUGCACCAACAAUGGCACCUGUAACCCCAUCGAUGGAUCCUGCCAGUGUUUUCCAGGAUGGAUCGGCAGUGACUGUUCACAGCCAUGUCCGCCUAGACAGUGGGGGCCAAACUGCAUCCACACGUGUAACUGCCACAAUGGAGCUCGUUGCAGUGCUUACGAUGGAGAAUGCAAGUGCACCCCGGGAUGGACCGGCCUUUAUUGCACACAACGUUGUCCUUUGGGGUUUUAUGGCAAAGAUUGUUCACAGACAUGCCAAUGCAGGAAUGGAGCAGACUGCGAUCACAACUCUGGACAAUGCACCUGUCGCACUGGCUUUAUGGGACAGCAUUGCGAACAAAAGUGUCUUUCUGGUUCAUAUGGUUAUGGCUGCCGUCAGGUGUGUGACUGUCUCAAUAACGCCACCUGUGAUCACAUCACUGGCACAUGCUACUGCCAACCAGGCUGGAAGGGUGUCCGUUGUGACCAAGCCGCCGUCGUCAUUGGCAGCCUCAACACUUUGACAAGUGCCGCCAUGCAGGUGGACACCUACCAGAUCGGCGCCAUCGCGGCAAUCAUCGUGCUGGUACUACUGGUGCUCUUCUUCCUCCUCCUCUUCAUCAUCUAUAGGAAGAAGCAGAAAGGAAAAGAAGCGGCCAUGCCAGCAGUAACUUACACGCCCGCUAUGAGAGUGACAGCUGACUACACCAUCACAGAUGCUCAGGCACCACAUGACAUUCACCCCAGUAAUUACUUCACCAACCCCAGCUACCACACUCUGACACAGUGCAUCAGCCUACAACAUGUUAAUAACUCUCCAUAUGAAAAAGCUAAGAACAACAUGUUUGCCAACUUAAAGGACGUGAAGGAAAGAAAGCGAUAUCCUCUUCCUGAUGCCACCGGCACCCUGCCUGCUGGAUGGAAACAUGGGGACAGCGUCAACGAACUGGGAGCCUGCGGAAAUGACAGGAGGUGUACAGGGAAGUCUUUACGAGACCUGCUGAAAGGCACACAGUAUCAUGGCAGCUCCUGCUCCUUGAACAGUACAGAAAACCCUUACGCCACAAUCAAGGACCCUCCCCUUCUGACCAGCAAAAACACAGACUGCGGCUACGUGGAAAUGAAGUCGCCUGCGAGACGGGACUCACCCUAUGCCGAAAUCAGCAACAGCAGUGUAACCAGUAAUAAGAAUGUAUAUGAAAUUGAGCCAACAGUCAGCACGACUUGCUCCACUGGACAAAAAAGUGAAUGCAUGCAUCAAGGCCAGGAUCCAUACGACCUACCAAAAAACAGCCAUAUUUCUUGUCACUAUGAUGUGCUGCCAGCCCGAGAAAGUCCGACGUCAGACCACAAGAAGCUGGACAGCGACUGAACAUGUAGUCAUU